AAAAUCCUUGUAUUCAAGGGAGAGCAUUCCAUUCACAAGCAAUUGGAUGAGAGUCUUAUUAGCCCUCGGCAACUAAAGAUGAUGUUACCAUGGAGACAAAUUGUUCUGCUAUCAAUCACUGGAUGCCUUGCAGAGGAUGUCAUAUUUCAAGGGCCAAGAUGGAGGACGGAGCCAAGUGACCUCAUUUUACCGAUCAACUCCCCAGACCAGGAGGCUACCAUCACGUGCGAGGCAGAAGGCAGCCCUCCUCUGCAAUACAGAUGGUCACUAAACGGAACACUCAUUGAUCUGGGGAAUGACUACCGGCGUCACAUGUCUGGGGGCAGCCUGAUCAUUAGCAACCUGGACAAGGACCAAGACACCGGGGUAUACCAGUGCACGGCCUUCAACACGUGGGGAGCCAUCCUCAGCCGCAGAGCCAGCCUGAAAUUUGCAUAUCUCGAUAACUUCAAAAGUCAAACGGUAAGGAGCGCUGUCAACGUCCGUGAGGGCCAAGGAGUGGUUCUGUUAUGCGGACCACCUGCUCAUUCUGGAGAGUUGACAUUUGCGUGGAUCUUCAAUGAAUACCCGUACUUUGUCCAACAAGACAGUCGGCGAUUCAUCUCUCAAGAGACCGGGAGUUUGUACAUUGCAAAAGUGGAGUCCUCAGAUGUUGGCAACUACACCUGUGUGGUUAACAACACUGUCACAAGGGAGAAGGUGCUCAGCUCUCCUACACCGCUGGUCCUCAGAAGUGAUGGAGUAAUGGGUGAAUAUGAACCCAAAAUAGAAGUUCAUUUCCCGGAUUCGGUUCCAGCUGCGAAAGAAUCAGUGGUGAAGCUGGAAUGCUUUGCUCUGGGAAACCCUGUCCCAGAAAUAAGCUGGAGAAGAACCAGCGGCAUCCCAUUCCCCAGCAAAGUCAAGAUGAAGAAUUCAAACGCCGUGCUUGAAAUACCUAAUUUCCAGCAGGAAGAUGCGGGGACGUACGAAUGUAUGGCAGAGAAUCGGCGAGGCAAAAAUGCUGCACGGGGUCGUAUUUCAUUCCAUGCCAAACCUCACUGGCUCCAAACAAUGACAGACACAGCUCUGUCCAUCGAGGAAAAUCUCUUUUGGGAGUGCAAAGCCAAUGGAAAGCCCAAACCGUCCUACAGCUGGCUGAAGAACGGGGACCAAGUGAUGGCUGAGGGCCGGGUACAAAUCGAAAAUGGGGCUCUUUCUAUAGCUGCAUUAAACCUGUCAGAUUCCGGGAUGUAUCAGUGUGUGGCUGAAAACAAACAUGGCAUUAUUUAUUCCAGUGCCCAACUAAUGGUGUUAGCGUCACCUCCCAGUUUCUCCAAAAGUCCAUUAAGGGCCUUGCUAAAAGCUCGCUCAGGCAGCGAAGUCACUCUUGAAUGCAAGCCUCAGGCCUCGCCCCCAGCAAUUAGCCUGUGGAAGAAAGGGAAUGAGAUCCUGCAGAGAACUGAAAGGAUUACUUUGCUUCCCAAUGGGACAUUGAAGAUCACCAAUGUAACCAGACGGGAUGCAGCCAGCUACACGUGUGUCGCUAAGAACCAGUUUGGGACUGCAAGCACAACUGGGAGGCUGAUUAUCACUGAGCCCACCAGAAUCACCAUGAGGCCGACUAACAUGGAGAUUAUUGUUGGCGAGAGCAUCGUGUUACCCUGCCAGAUUGCCUACGAUCCAGCUCUGGAUGUGUCUUUCUCAUGGGCAUUCAACGGCCAGCUCAUCGACUUCCAGCGAGACAGCGAUCAUUUCGAAAGAGUGGGCGGGUUCCUGACACAGCUCCCACUGAUGUUGGAGGUGGAGGCGGCACAAAGUCUGAAUUAGUGAUAACAUGGGAGCCUGUUCCCGAGGAACUGCAGAACGGAGAGGGCUUCGGCUACAUCAUCGCCUUCAGGCCUGUGGGCACGGUCACGUGGACGCGAGCGGUUAUCUCCACACCUGGCGUGGCGCGCUACGUCUUCCGCAACGACACCAUCCCACCCUUCUCGCCUUUUGAUGUGAAAGUGGGGGCGUACAACAACCGAGGCGAGGGGCCCUUCAGCUCUAUUGCCACCGUGUACUCGGCAGAGGAAGUCCCCAGUGUGGCUCCUAAGAGGGUUAGGACUAGAAGUGUGUCUGCAGUGCAAAUUGAAGUGAUCUGGGAAGUUCUCCCCGCCAUCCCAGAAAGAGUGCUUGGAUAUGAGGCCGUGUACUGGGAAGACGACACCAAGCCUGACACUGUUGGCAAAGUGCGCAUAUCUGGAAACUACACACUGGUUAACAUCACGGGGUUGAAAGCGAACACAGUGUACUACCUCUCUGUGGCUGCUUUCAAUACGGCUGGCCCCGGGCCACAGUCGGCGCCCAUCAACACCACCACAAAGAAACCACCUCCAGAUCGGGCUCCGCUCAACAUACAAUGGACCAUGAUUGGCUCCACACUCACGCUGCACUGGGAUCAUGUAGUAGCUAUGGAGACAGAGUCAAAGGUCACUGGAUAUUUGGUGCUGCUGAAGAGACACCGCUACAAUGACAUCAAUACCAUCUUGACUAACAAAACCACUGUGGAGCUCAGCCUCUCCACCAAUGACAACUAUCUCAUUCAGAUCAAGGCCAUGAGUGAGGGCGGCGAAGGCGCGGGCAGUGAACCCAUCCACAUCCAUAAAUUAAGCAUGGGAGCGCGGGGUUCAGGAGCGAUCCGCCUCAGCCCAUUGUACCUCUCUGCAGUCCUCAUCAGUGCACUGCUCUGCUCCGUCUGGUGAUGUCUAAUCAGAGCCUACAGAGUGCCCUCCCUCCCCCUCCAUCC